AUGGCGGCGAGCACCACCACGCCCACGAUGCCGGCGACGGUCACGCCUCUGCCGGGCUACGGCUACCAGGGCUCUGCCGCGGGCGCGGGCGCCGAGCCUCUGCACAGCUCCUCGGGGUCCAUCGGCACCUUCUUCGGGGUGCUCGUGGCGGUCCUGGUGCUCACCUUGCUGUCCUGCGUCUUCGGCCGGGUGUGCGCGGCCCAGGCCGACGGACCCGAUGAGCGGUACGACUGCACGAGGCUGGCCCGGCGGUGGUGCGGCUGGCGGGCGCCUCGCCGGGCCGCUGUGAAGCGGGAGGCAAAGGCGCCGCCCGUGCUGUUACUGGAAGUGCCCGCCGCAUUGCCACUGCCCGAGGAGCCAUUGAACCCCGCCCUGAAGCUGCAAGCUAAGGUGACGAUCCGAGUGCUGAUCUGA